CGAACUGUAGGCGUAGCGACUUGUGACCUCAAACCAGGUACAGGCGCUUCUUUUAUAGUAUUUUCAGCCCGGUUAUGGUGUCCCAGAAAAGCAGCAUCAGGGACCAGGCUCAGAACUCUUCCCGUUCGGCUGGCGGAGCUGACCCCCACUGGGGUUCUGGUCCAGUGUGGUACUUAUCCUGGAUCCCAGCUCACAGCGUCCUCGCUCCCCGUGCCACCAGUUGAAAUUUGGGAUGCCAGGCGUCUCCGCUCGGAGCCUCUCCCUCGAGGAGCGAAGGCAGCUAGCUGUGAACCUCACCCGUGUUCUGGCGCUGUAUCGUUCCAUCCUGGACGCCUACAUCAUUGAAUUUUUUACAGACAACCUGUGGGACACACUCCCUUGCUCAUGGCAGAAAGCGCUAGAUGGACUAGAGCCACCGGAGCUGGCUUCACAGCUGCUGGGGAUGCCUGGAGAAGGAGAAGAGGUCAGGUACAGGUCGGUGUGGCCACUCACCCUGCUGGCCCUGAAGUCCACUGCCUAUGCCCUGACUUUUACUCGGAUGCCCAGCUUUCAGACCCCCUCUGAGUUCCUGGAGAACCCCAGCCAGAGCUCCAGACUGACAGCUCCCUUCCGGAAACAUGUCAGGCCCAAGAAGCAGCAUGAAAUCCGCAGGCUGGGAGAGUUGGUGAAGAAGCUGAGUAACCUCACUGGCUGCACUCAGGUUGUGGACGUGGGCUCAGGCCAGGGCCAUCUUUCCCGCUUCAUGUCUCUGGGCCUGGGACUGAUGGUGAAGAGCAUUGAAGGGGAUCAGAGACUAGUGGAGCGUGCACAGCGCCUGGACCAGGAGCUUCUGCAGGCUUUGGAAAAAAAGAGGAGCCUACAGGUGGUCCCAAGAGGCCCUUACCACUGCCCCCACCAUGUGGUUCGGUGGGUCGACCCCACAGCCCUGUGUGAGGAACUUCUGCUUCCCCUGGAGGAGCCACAGCAGGGUGGUGACACUCGCUUGCUGCUGACGGGUCUCCACGCCUGUGGAGACCUAAGUGUUGCCUUGCUGAGGCACUUCUGUUGCUGUCCUGAGGUGGCAGCCCUGGCCUCAGUGGGAUGCUGCUACAUGAAGCUCAGUGAGCCUGGUGGCUACCCACUGAGUCAGUGGGUAGCUGGGCUGCCUGGCUUCGAAUUGCCGUACAGGCUCCGGGAGGGGGCCUGCCAUGCUCUGGAGGACUAUGCUGAGCGGCUACAGAAAGCUGGCCCUGGCCUCCGAACACACUGCUACCGUGCAACAUUGGAAACCGUCAUCCGACAUGCUUGUCCCGAGCUCCGUCGCCCAGGCGUGCAGGGGAUCCCCAGGGUCCAUGAGCUCAAGAUUGAAGAAUAUGUGCAGCAGGGGCUACAGCGAGUGGGACUGGACCCCCAGCUGCCACUGAACCUGGCUGCCCUUCAGGCUUACCAGGCCCAGGAGAACCGGGUGGUGGCCUUCUUCAGUCUGGCCCUCCUGCUUGCACCAUUGGUGGAGACACUGAUUCUGCUAGACCGGCUGCUCUACCUUCAGGAGCAAGGCUUCCACGCUGAGCUCUUGCCCAUCUUCAGCCCUGAAUUGUCCCCUAGAAAUCUGGUUCUGGUGGCCACCAAGAUGCCCUUGGGUCAGGCCUUCUCUACUCUGGAGACUGAAGAUGGCUGAUACAGCUCAAGAAAGAGGACAUCAAAGACCCCAUCUGAAACCACUAGGUGCCAGAGGGGCAGUGUGCACCUCCUCCCCAAGAAAGCAGCAUCCUGCAGUCUUUCUUAGAUCCUUUGAGUUAAUAUUUUCUCCUGCUGGCUGCUGUAUGUUAUCUAAUACUGUGUGAAGUUUUCAAUUUAUUAAAACCCAGAAGACUUGA